AUGGCCGACCCACUCUCCGCCGCUGCCGCCGCCUCCCUCGCCCAAGCCGCCAUCGAGCACAAGAAGCAUGUGCUCUGCGACGUCGUCGCCGAGCACGUGCGCAGCGGCGAGCCCGUCACGGGCUACUCUCACUUUUGGCCGGUCGUCGCGCAGACCCUGAAGGAGCGCCACGGCAUCAGCGACAGCUACUCCUCCACUAGGAAGGAGUACAUGGGACUGCGCGCCUGGGCCGUCGCCAAUCGCACGGGCAAGGACGGCGAUGAACGCAAGUUCAUCAAGAGAUCUCUCCGUCGCGCGGCUCGGCAGCAAGCUGCCGUUACCCGGGAUGGUGGCGUGGUGGGAGAGGAGGGAGAGGGAGAUGAUGAGGAGAACGAGGACGGAGGUGAGGGAGGUGAAGGCCCCUCAGCCUUCCACGCGAACCUGGCGCUGCGUCAGGCUGGUCCGGCGCAGCAGCAGCAGCAGCAGCAGUCUCCUCCACCAGCAGGUGAAAACAUCACCUUCUCGCUCCCAGUCCGCCCCAAGGAGACGUGA